AUGAAAGCUUCCAUAUUAUUAUCAUUAAUUGCUUUAUCUGAAGCAGCUCCACUCAUUAUAACAAGAAUGCACACUGCACCAGCUGUUACCGAAUGGAAAACUUAUACUACUAAUACUGUCACAGCAAUUGAAACUGUCAUUCAAACAGUAAAUGGUCCUCCUCCUGAUCAAGGUAAAGAAGUAACUUCAAAUACUCCAGCUACUACUCCGGCUACUACUCCAGCAACUACUGAGACUACUCCAACUACUACUGAGACUACACCAACUACUACUGAGACUACUCCAGCUACUACUGAGACUACUCCAGCUACUACUGAAACUCCAGUCGUUCCAACUACUUCCUCAACUCCAGUCGAGGUCCCAACUACCUCAGAACAACCUCCAGCAGAAACUAGCGUUACUUCAACUGCUACACCUGUGGAGACUGUUCCAACUACUACUGAAGUCCCAACCACUUCAACUGUUCCAACUACUACUGCUUGGACUCCUUCAACUUUAUCAACUAUUACUUCAAGUUCAACUUCAACUACUGAAGCUCCAACUCCAACUCCUCAAACUACCACCUCAUCAACUUCAACUACAAGUACAAGUUCAACAGCUGCUGCUACAGCUAGCUCCCUUAAUGAGUUCCAAACUCAAAUUUUAAACGAACACAAUAAUAAAAGAGAUUUACAUGGAGUUCAACACUUAAGUUGGAGUGAUGAAUUAGCUGAAUAUGCCGCUAAUUAUGCUGCUAGUUCAUUCUCUUGUGAUAAUGUUCAAUUAAUUCAUUCCCAUGGUCCUUAUGGUGAAAAUUUGGCUGCAGGUUAUACCGGUGGUAGUUCACCAGUUGAUGCUUGGUAUGAUGAAAUUUCCCAAUAUGAUUACAAUAACCCAGGAUUUAGUGAAGCUACCGGACACUUCACUCAAGUCAUCUGGAAAGAUACUACCAAAUUAGGUUGUGCUUAUGUUACUUGUAAUAAUGCUUGGAGACAAUACACCAUUUGUGAAUAUUCUGAUUCAAGAGGUAAUAUUGUUGGUACUAACCCAGCAACUGGUAACAGUUUCUUCGUGGAUAAUGUUGUGAGACCACUUUCUGGUUAA